AUGACUUUGCAAGCCAGUCAACAGUUCAGCACAGAAGCAUCUGGAGUCACGCUGGCAGGUUGUGACAAAACCACACAAUUACAUGAGGUUCACCCCAUUCUGAAAAUGCCCGAACAGCAAAUGGUGGAGGUAAAUGGAACAACAGUCAGCACUGGCACAGCCUGAGAGAGACCUGAGACUCGGAGCCCUCAGGCUCGGGGGCCAGCUUCCUGCUGUGGCCUGGUGUAAAGGUGGCAGAUAAAAAAAAUGACAGCAAGACUUCUGAGAACAGCCCUCGCUUUGCUUUUCUUUGGCCUCUUUGGGGUCCUGGAGGCAACAACAAUAUCGUGCAGGAAUGAAGAAGGCGAAGCUGUGGAUUGGUUUGUUUUUUAUAAGUUACCUAAGCAGCAAGACAAGGAAAGCAGACAGACUGGGUUAGAGUACCUAUACCUCGACUCUACUACCAGAAGCUGGAGGAGGAGUAAGCAACUCGUGAAUACCACGAAGAGUGCGUUGGGAAGGACAUUACAACAGCUAUAUGAAGCCUGUGCCUCCAAGAAUAACAACACAGCCUACCUACUAUACAAUGAUGGGGUCCCCGCAUCUGUGACUUACAGCAGAAAGUAUGGACACACUAAAGGCUUACUGCUGUGGAACAGAGUCCAGGGAUUCUGGCUGAUUCAUUCUAUUCCCCGGUUUCCUCCAACUCCUGAAGAAGGCUAUGAUUAUCCACCCACAGGAAGAAGACACGGACAAACUGGCAUCUGCAUAACUUUUAAGUACAACCAGUAUGAAGCAAUAGAUUCUCAGCUCUUGGUCUGUAACCCAAACAUUUAUAGCUGUUCCAUCCCAACCAUCUUUCACCAGGAGCUCGUCUACAUGCCACAGCUAUGCGCUGCUGGGUCCACCUCAUCAGAGAUCCCUGGCCAGCGCCUCACCUCACUUCAGUCAGCCCGGGGCCAAAAAUUUAUCCAUUUUGCAAAGUUUGAUUCUUUCCUUGACGACAUCUUUGUAGCCUGGAUGGCUCAACAUUUGAAGACGCACUUGCUAACAGAAACCUGGCAGCGAAAAGGACAAGAGCUUCCUUCAAACUGCUCCCUUCCUUACCAUGUCUACAAUGUCAAAGCAAUUAAGAUAUCUGGACAGUCCUAUUUCAGUUCUUACCAGGAUCAUGCCAAAUGGUGUGUUUCCCAAAAGAGGACCAAAAAUCGUUGGACCUGUAUUGGAGACCUAAAUCGGAGCCCGUACCAAGCUUUCAGAAGUGGAGGAUUCAUUUGUACCCAGAAUCAGCGUAUUUACCAUGCAUUUCAAGGACUGGUUUUGUAUUAUGAAAACUGCAACUGAACUUGGUGAAAUAACAUAUGCACUAUCAUUUCCAAUGCCAAAAAUGGAUCUUCUUCCAUCAGAUCCAUUCUUUAUAUAUUAAAAACCUGUGAAUGUAGUUAUAGCCCACAUACCAUCAAAUAAAAUGCUUUUCUACCAUGUUUACCAUUUUGUCUUCCACUUAGUGGCAAUUUAUCUACUUUGAAUUUAUGUGCCAUAAACAUAAAUCAUUACACAUAUCUAAAGUGAAAAUGGAUGGAGUGGAAGAAAAAAUAUUCUCGAUUGUUCAUAGAUUGACUGGAUAUCUCCUAGAUUAAUUUCAUCUCCUUCAAAAGAUUUUCCUGACUCUCCUUCUCAUCCCUUGUUGAAGGAAAAACAUCUCUCUCUGUAUCUCACACUCCUUUAGUCAUCAUCUUCUUAGAGUUCUUUUCAUUGGCUAAUGGUUGUCUUUUUUGUUAUUCUUGCAGCUGCUCCUUUGUAAUCUUGUGAUCUUAGGCCAUUCACCUGAAUUCUCUGAGGUUUGGUUUCUCAUCUACAAGAUGGAAAUAAUGUCUAAAUAUGUUUAAACACCUAGCACAGAGCCUGGCAGAGUUGACACUUAAAAACACUGUGGAAUAUGAGUAUGAAUCCCCCUAACAAGUUAGAAAAGACAAAGAAAAGUUUAGAAAUAAGUAAUAUUUUUCAAAAAAAAAUUUAAGUUGGAUUAGGAUGAAGAAAUAAAACAACCCACCUACCUGGGUUAAAUAAAGAACUGUGACAUAAAGGAACAAUAAACAAAUCUAACAAUCUUCA